CCGAUUGUAUGUUGUGUCGUUCAGUCCGGUAGGUGGCAGUACGUGGCGCCUGUAGAAUAAAAUCCCCGGAAAUUCUAUUGAACGCCGAAGACAAAACUGUUUGUGGACGUUCGGUGCACGUUUGGUUGAGUUUUUAUUAAUUUCUUUGAAAAAAGUUGACAGAUAGCUUGUUAAGAUGUCCAUUGGAGUGCCCAUCAAAGUUCUUCAUGAAGCAGAGGGACACAUAGUCACCUGUGAAACCAACACUGGGGAGGUUUACAGGGGCAAACUGAUCGAGGCUGAGGACAACAUGAACUGCCAGAUGGCAAACAUCACAGUCACAUACAGGGAUGGCCGUGUUUCUCAGCUGGAGCAGGUGUAUAUUCGUGGCAGUAAGAUCAGGUUCCUCAUUCUUCCCGACAUGCUGAAAAAUGCGCCUAUGUUAAAGAGUAUGAAGAACAAAAAUCAGGCUGCUGGUGCAGGUCGAGGAAAAGCAGCUAUUCUCAAAGCCCAAGUGGCUGCCAGAGGCCGUGGCCGGGGUGGACCAGGACGAGGGAACGUGUUCCAGAAGAGGCGCUAGUUUUAGGUUGAUAACUGUUUUUUUUUUUGUUUGUUUGGUUUUUUUACAUUUUUAUUUUACCAACAUUUUGGUCUGAUUUAUUUUAUAAUGUUCAUUUUAUGCUUUGGGAAAUAAAUGUG